CUCCUCGCUCCCUCCCUCCCUUCGCUCAGUGGUCAUGGCGGACAGCGCUAGCGAGAGUGACACGGACGGUGCGGGCAGCAGCAGCUCCUCCGCUGCCCCUCAGUGUCCGUCUUCCUCCUCCACCAAGCCGGGCAUCGUCAUCUCUCCCUUUCGCCUGGAGGAGCUGACCAACCGGCUGGCCUCUCUGCAGCAGGAGAACAAAGUGCUGAAAAUCGAGCUGGAAACCUUCAAGCUGAAAUGCAAAGCUCUGCAGGAGGAGAACCGAGACCUGCGCAAAGCCAGCGUCACCAUCCAAGCCAGAGCAGAACAAGAGGAGGAGUUCAUCAGUAACACGCUGUUUAAGAAGAUCCAGGCUCUGCAGAAGGAGAAGGAAACGCUAGCUGUUAAUUAUGAGAAAGAAGAAGAAUUCCUCACCAACGAGCUUUCUCGAAAACUUAUGCAGCUACAACAUGAGAAAGCUGAGCUGGAGCAGCACCUGGAACAGGAGCAGGAGUUCCAGGUCAACAAGCUGAUGAAGAAGAUCAAGAAACUAGAGAAUGACACCAUCUCCAAACAGCUGACCUUAGAACAGCUCAGGCGAGAGAAGAUAGAUUUGGAGAACACUUUGGAGCAAGAGCAAGAAGCACUAGUCAAUCGACUAUGGAAGCGAAUGGACAAGCUGGAGGCAGAGAAAAGGAUUCUCCAGGAGAAGCUAGACCAGCCUGUCUCUGCUCCUCCAUCCCCCAGGGACAUCUCUAUGGAGAUCGAUUCUCCGGAGAACAUGAUGAGACACAUUUGCUUUCUGAAGAGUGAGGUGGAGAAACUGAAGAAGAACUUGCACACGGCCAAACUGCAGCACACGGAGAAACGGGCGCAGUACAUUGAGGAGGAGCGGAUAAUGCGGGAGGAGAACAUCCGGCUGCAGAGGAAGCUUCAGCGGGAGGUGGAGCGGCGCGAGGCUCUGUGCAGGCAGCUCUCAGAGAGCGAGUCCAGCCUGGAGAUGGAUGAUGAGAGGUACUUUAAUGAAAUGUCGGCCCAAGGCCUUCGUCCCCGCACUGUGUCCAGCCCUAUCCCUUACUCGCCCUCGCCGAGCUCCAGCAGACCCAUAUCACCAGGGCUCUCGUAUGCCAGUCAUACAGUGGGUUUUACCCCUCCAGCCACGCUGACCCGAGCCGGCAUGUCCUACUACAACACACCAGGCCUGCAUGUACACGUGGGAGCCUCGCACGGCAUUGCAAGACCGUCUCCCAGAAGAAGCAACAGUCCAGACAAGUUCAAGCGUCCGACGCCUCCUCCUUCCCCCAACACGCAGGCGGGAGUUCACCCCGGACCUCCUCCACCUCCUCCCCCAGCGCAGUCAGCACCUUCACAGCAGCAGCCACAGCAUGUGCUGCAGUCCUCGCAGCCAUAGUGCAUGAGCUCUGCAGCACACGCAUCAGAGUGGACUCAGACCAGAGCUACUGUAUUCCCGCCAAGCCAAAGGCUUAAUUAUCCUACGUACAUGGAGUUGACAUCUUUCUCUUGCACUGAGAAUAAUAUAGGCUUCACUGUAUUGAUCUGUGUUGUGUUUUAAUUGUUUGUUUGUGUUUUGUUUUUGUUUGUUCAUUUUUUUGUCCACAUUUUAUUUUUUUCUUUGUUUUUUCGUUUUUGGAUGCAUUUCGGUGAUCUUGGCAUUGUGGCACUGAUCAACACUAAACCUGCUCUGUUUCAUUGCUAGGACUUCUCUUUUGAGAACAGAAGGUCCGAUGGAGAGUAUUAAACAAAAAAAGGGAAGAGUUUAAUGCAUUCAGCUUUAGCUUUUGCAAUCAGGUGUGUGAUUUACGUGAUAUUUUUGUUGGCCCAUAAUUCACAGAUGCAACAUGUUCCUGUGUGUAUGCUCCGUUUUCUUUUUGAGCCCUGCAGAAGGACCUGCGGUUGAUUUUGCUUAAAGUCCCUUGUGCUAUAAUACUAACCUUGGGUGUUCUUUGAAGCAAUCAGCAAAGUUUAAAUAGAAAAUAUAAAACAGAAAACAGAAUUUGACCAAAUUCAUUCUUCAGUACUCUCCAAGAACCCUUGUGGGCGGGUCAGAAUAUUUUAACUUAGGGCAUGCAUGACUGAAAUUUUCCGGUUCCGGUUGCUCAGACUCGAAGAGAAGCGGGUAGAGCUUUGUUGGUUCUGCUGGGCUGAUGUCAGCUUGUUUCAUUUUUAGCCCUGCCCAUUGUACUCUCAGAAGAGAGUGAUAGUGGUGAAAUACAGCAGAGGUUUAUUAGUUUAUUAGUAGAGUUUAGGAAGAAAUUUACAAGAAAUACUUCAUACAUUUAAACAGAGAGACCAGAACAGACAAACUGACCAAAUUAAAUUAAAGGAAGGAAACUCAUAUUUAGGUUCCCAAGGGCUUUAAGGAAAACACUGGGGCUUUAAGGAAUGAAAACAAGGCAUCAACGUACAUGACACACAGGCAGGCGGUGGAGAUCUGCUGCUGCUGCUGUAGCUGCUUCUACUGAAAGCUGUAGUUAAGUGCACCAGAUGGGUUGGUGGGGAACGAGGCCUUUAAUGGCCUUUAAGGGAUGCAGGAGCGAUCUGGCGUUGGUUUGGCAACCGUUGUCUCAGACCCACGUCAUUUUUUUUUUCCUUGUGCACUCCCUUGAAAUGAAUGAUUAGCUGGAGGAUUAUUGGCUCUGUGGUUAGUAAGCAUGUCUUAGUCGUGCCUAAUGGAAAAAACCCGCUCACACAGAAAUACGCAUUCGUUAGAAUGAGUGUAGAAUGGUGUGCCUUUUGGUGCGCUGCUUGGAGAGCAUAGAGAUGCGUUAGACGCAGAGGGUGUGUUUACCUUAGCUUGACCUACCUUAGCUGUGUAGGCAAGUCAUUUUUCUUUGUUGUUUUUGUUUAGUUUAUUCUUUUCCACUUUGUGUGUUUUUGCGCUGUGAGCUUGAAAGCAUCCUUUAUUGGCUCAAAGGGAGAGAGAAUGGUUUACUUAUGCUGCUGUUUGUGUGAUGCACAGUCAUGUUGUGCAUCCGCCUGCAACUGUAGUCCUCCGCACAGACGCGUCCUGAUGGACACGUUCUUAUGCUUUCGGCAUGCAGCUGCACACAUUUGAAUGAACUGCCUUGGUCUAGAGAGAAGGACAAAGAGAGGUUCAAGACUUUUUAGUGUUUAUGAUCUUGUUCCUCAGAAUUCACCUCCAUCCACAUACUCCCCCAGCUUGGGGCAUCCCAGUCACCCUGACUGUGAGUGUGUCCUACAGUAAUAUACAGGUCAAAAUUGCAGGAAACUCUUUUAUUACAGAAACAAAGGAUGGCGACCAGGUUCCAGACAUAUCCUAAAAGAUAGGCCUUGGGGUAUUUAGAUACGCCUACGUUAUGUUUAAUUUCUAAAUUUAAAAAAGUGUCCUGCAACUUUCGACUUUUGACCCUGUAUAUAUGUACAGUAUCAGUCAAAGGUUUGGACACACCUUGAAUUCAGUGAUUUUUCAUUAUUUAAAAUGUUCUAAAUUGUAGAUUAAUACUAAGGUCAUCCAAACUAUGAAGAAAAACAUAUGGAAUGAUUUAGUACAGAACAAACUGUUAAGCAAAGCAAAAUAUGUCUUAUAUUUUAGACUCUUUAAAAUAGGCACAUUUAGUUUAGAUGACUGGCUGGAUUUUCUCAGUCAGCUUUAUGCGGUAGAAUCACCUGAAAUUUAGGCUUUCACUUAACAGAUGUGCUGAAUUCAUCAAGAGUUAAUUACUCAUAAUUUCUCAUCCUCUUAAUGUGUUUGAGAGCAUCAGUUGUAAAGUAGUGAAGAGGUAGAGUUACAGGUAUACAGUGAAUAGUGAAUAUUUGAGAAAUGUUUUAAUCUAUAUUAAAACAAGAACUACUCAACUAAGUAAAGAAAAAAUACUUUAAGAAAUAAAGGUCAGUCAAUCCAAAACAUUUCAAGAACUUUGAAAACAUCCUCAAGACCAUGAAAAAAAGUUAUGAUGAAACUGGCUCUCAUCAGGUCCGCCCCUGGAAAGGAAGAGCAAUGGUUUCCUCUGUUGCACAGAAUAAGUUCAUCAGUUACCAGCUUCAGAAGCUUCACAGAGUAUUUUGGUUUGUUUAACACUUUUAAGUUACUACAUGAUUCCUUAUGUGUUCCUUCACAGUCUAGAUGACUCCGCUAUUCAUCUACAAUUAUACAGGAAGUAAAAGAUAGAAUGAGAAUGACUGGUACUGUGUAUGAAGCAUUGUUGAUUGAUUUUGGAAAGACUGCAAAGAAUUUUGUGCUGCGUACUCACUCGAGGCUUGAACGUGCUGAGAGAGAACGUGUAAAUACAGUAGACAUAUCUUCUUUUUGUAAGCUUGGCAAAAAAAAAAAUCCAGGGUUAGGGCACUGGUGCUUUUUUUGAAACAUUUAAAAUUGUCUCCAUUGUGAUCGUGAUCUCAGAGGUUCUUGAUGCUAGUUUUGGCUUUUUUUUAUGAUUGAUUCCACUUAACCAAAUACCUAUCACUCAGUGCAGCUAAAUUGCAAGAACAAGAAAAAAAAAGAGAAAACACAGAGCACUUACUGUAUAUUGUGAAGAACGCUAAUUUAUUGCAAAGUCACAUCAGAUCAAAAACAAAAUCAGCUAAUAAUGAAGAUAAUACUGGUACUAAGCAGUUGUAGUUAAGGCACAGAUGUUUAGAAUGAUUCUAUGUCCCCAAGCACCCUGUCAGUGGAGUCAGGCCUCCGCAAUGCCGCUGCACCACUGCGUGCAACACGCUGUGGCGCUUAAGGGUAAGGGGCCUCGGUUUUGCAGUUCAUAGGUGUGUGUGUUUUGUUUUGGGUUUCUUUUUCGGUCCCCAUACGCAAUUUCUCAACACCCUGGAAACCAGGGCUGAAUUUUCUACCUUUUGUUUACUACCUUUUUUGUUAAUUUUGAUGUAAAUAGUCAUUUAAUUUUGUUGAGGAAAAGAAAAGUGUCUUCUUUUACCAUGAGGUGUUCAAAAUGCAUUUCAAGUUUGUGUUCAACUUUUACCAGAACUCAGACCCCCCCUCAAACACACACACACACCACACCACACCAUGUUGUUUUCUUUUUAAGACUGUUGACAAAUGAAUGUAAAGUUUGCUCAUGUUUUACUGCUAUCUUUAAUGGAUGGAACACCUUUGAGCCUUAACUCACUGUGGUAUUGCUAAAUGUAAGCAUUAUCUAGCUUAUCCCCACAUCAGAUGAUUAAAGCCUUAAUAUGUGGUCACAUA